CGCCGGCCGGACUGUUAUUGAGGGGCGGAUCAACCGGCCCGGCCGACGACAGCUUCCCCCGGCCCGUCCGCCCAUCCACCCGGCAGCGGGACUGGGAAUAUGCCAGGAAUGAUUAAUCAAACUUCCUUGCAGGACUCCAUGGACGGAGACGAGAAGGAGACGGACUUGGAGCCGGAGGAGGAGCCGCCGAGGGAUCAGCAGCAAACGGACACUUACUACAGCCUGUACCGGAGACACAGAUCUCUGCAGUUUGGAGAUGAGGGAAAUAUGGGACACAGAAGAAGUGGAUCAUCAGAUACGUUCCCGAAGGAAACAGUGUCUCAGGAGGAUUUCAGCUUCUCUUUAUUGGCUUCUAACUUGUCCGUUGUGGCUGAGCCAGAGCUUAGAGCGUUUAUUACUAAACGUCUCAGCAAAGGGGCUUUCUUAGGCGGAAUGGGCACUAUAGCAGCUGUGGAUUUGAGCAUAGACGAGCAAUCUGUCGCUUGUUACUAUUGCUUCCUCCACCAGGAUCAGCCUCCAGGGCCAGAAAGUGACAAAGUGGAAUCAAAAACCGUGGUCACUGAUUAUGUUCUCUGCUUUCUGGGAAGUACAGAGAAGAGCCUUGAACUUUUCAGAAUUGAGUUGGAUAAAUAUGCCCAGGGAUUGCAGCUUUACUUGGAUGCUGAGGUUGGUGAUGUCGAGCUGCAUAUCCAGCCAUACCUAAGCAACUGGUAUGAUGACUCUGUGCUCUACAUACAAAGGGUGGUGCAGCUAUUCCGGGACAGGCUUCCUAUUCUGUUACGGGCCGCUUUAAGUCACACUCCAGUUGAAGUUAAAGGUGCUGAUGACAAAGUAAAACAUGAUGUUGAGAGGUUUCUCAGUGCUGCCAGCCUUCAGGGCCUGAUCCAAGAGGACUCUCUAGCUUCGCUGUGUAAGGUGAUGACUGAGGAACAACAGAAAGUCAUUGUUAUAGACUGCAGUGAACCUACUCCUGCCUUUCAAAAUGCUGUGAGCAACAAGUUCUGUGAAGACUGGAUUCCUUCCUUUUUAAACAGUCUGGAAAGUGGAAAUCCUUUCCUCCUAAGGCAAAUCUUGGAGAAUUUUAAAUUAAAGGCCAUCCAGGAUAUGAACAGCCUGAAGCGGUACAUUCGACAGGCCGAGACGAACAACUACGCCCUGUUCAAAUGUUUUGUCUUUCUUAAGAACUGUGGCAAUGGAGAUGUCCUCCUGCAUAAUGUCAAGGUGGAGCAUGUUGAGAUGCCCGAGGCUCAGAACGUAGUGAAGGUUCUAGAAGAAUUCAUGUAUGAAGAAGGUGUGAUUACUCCCGCUAACUAAAAAAAAACCUAUGGUUUACUUUAAGACUUAUGGUUUACUUUAGCAAAGACUUUAUUCUGUGUUUUGUUGUACUUGUUGCUGUGGAAGUUAAUAGUCAAAAGUACCGUAAUUUCCAUCAGCGUCGCACUCAUUUGCAUGAAAACCCAGGUCUGGUGAUCUUAUGUUAUUGUAAAGUGCUCUGUAAGCAGCCUGUGGGAUAACAGGACUAGCUGUGAUGCAUUGUUACUGAGCACAGCAUCUGACACAUAGACAAUCUUCUCCAGUGUUGUGGGCACUAAUACAGACAGACCUGUUCCGCCUCCCUUGAUGAGAUUCGGUAUUCUACAGUCACAAAGACAGGGACUGGGAUUGUGUCUGGUAAACGCAGCUGGCCCUUGCAUCUUAUGUAGACUGAGGAAUGCGGAGCUGGGCAGUAGAAAAGGAUCAUUUAGGUUCAACAGCACAGAUCUGGAGUAAACUAUGAGGGGACCCAGACUAAUAUUUGGAGAUUCCCCUCUCAGGAUUAAGGGUUUAAGCAGAGAUUGGCAGGUUGGGCACAGUGACUUGGGACAACUAAGAAAUGAUGCUGCUUGCAUAACAGGGGAGGGAGAAUGUGGAAGUAAAGUCUGCUUCUACCUAAACGUUCCUGACCAGGUGUGGGGGCGGUGCGUGGUACGGGAAGGAAGAGGAAGGAGGUGAAAAGAAAGGCAAUUAAUUUUUUUAAUAAACAAGUUUCUGAGAAACUGAUUAUUGUAUAACACAGCAUAAUGAAUUCCAGGCCUGUAAUAAACAGAGGCUUUAAUUUCCUCAGCUAUUAAUAAUGCAGUUGUUAAUAUGAUGGCUCAGAAUAACAGUUAUUGAACCUCAUCAACUAGUACACACCAUGUUAGAGAAGCUGCUAUUAAUCAGUUGUAAAUAGGACAGAAAGUGUGUCCCCAGUUUCCUCUGGGACUCUGCUGUUGCUUUGUCAGGAAUGUAUUUGCAAUAGAGUUUUCUUCUUUGAUUCCAAAUAAAGUUUUAUCAUGGGG